ACUUCCGACAGGAAUUGAAAGAUGGCGCUGCCCAUGUUAAGAGGUUGUUACAGGUUUCCAUCAACACUUAGCUUUACUCGUCUGUUUUCAAAUGAACGUAUCAUCCUGAACUGGUCCGGUAAAACGCGGUCACCUCCUUCAUCACCGGCCGGUGCGGCAGCAGCUGUCCGCCCCUACAGCUCCGAGCGGGGCAGAAAGAAACAGACCCAAAAGAUUGUGAUGGUGGGAAUCCCGAACCCCUUCAUCUGGUUCCGCACCCGGAUUUACUACUUCCUCAUCAGAACUUACUUCGAUAAAGAGUUCAGCAUUGAAGAAUUCGCGGAGGGAUCGAAGCAGGCAUUCUCUCAUGUUUCCAGACUCCUGUCACAGAGUCAGUUUGAAGCUCUGGAAGGGCUGGUGGCUAAAGACUUGAUUGGGAAGCUGGAAGAAAAGUGCAACCUGCUGCCACUGAGCUACAAGCAAGCCCUCUCUGCAGAUCCUGAAGAGAUCAUGUACACAACACCUGGAGACGUGGGAAUCUACUAUGAUGAUAAUGGGAGGAAGUUUGUCAGUAUUCUGAUGCGUUUCUGGUACCUGACCAGCGCACACCUUCCUGACGACACCAUGGAGGGAACUCGCAUCUUCCAGGUGGCCAUUGGUGAAGAGGUAGAAACGAAGAGACUGCUGACCGCUAAUUAUGAAUUCCAGAGGGAGUUUACUAAAGGAGUGACACCGGACUGGACCAUUACGAGGAUAGAACACUCCAAACUUUUGGAUUAAGCCGGUUGUGAUUUGAGGCAGAUGAACCUCAGUUGUUAGUGGAAACUACUCAAAAGACAUGAAAUUCUCUGUAGUAUUUUGUUUUGCAAAUUGAGGACGAAACAAGAUGAUCAAGAUUAUUCACAGAGGGAAAACAAGACACAGCUCCUGGGCAGGAAGUCAGAGGAAACACCAGGACAAACUUGGAUUCAUCCACUCUUCACUGAUGCUCUCCAAGACAUCUGCAGUAUGCCAGUGUUUCUGAUUGUAUUCUUCACAAUCUCUAAUAUCCUAGAAAACUGAUGAUUAGAACUUGACUAGGUCUGUAAACUUACUUUGGAAGGUUUUGUGCUUUCAGGAAUAGAGGAGUCAAAUAUUAUAUACUCACAGCCUUAUUUGAACUAUUACAUAACACCAGCUGGGUGGGGUUUACUGCAAAAGACUUAACAGCAUAAGCUGAUUGUCCUGAUGCAAUAAACACCUCCAGUCCAAUACUCCAAGCAAACUAUCUGACCCAACUCUGAUGAUGUGAUUUUAAAAUCUGCAACGAGAUGUUGUUUUUUUUUUUUCAUCAGUCUUAGCUCUGCUACUGCUGCACACUUUCAUAUUUAAAUGCACAAUGUCUUCAAAGGUAAAAACAGUCAAAGACUUGUUUUGACAUCAUAAACAAAAUGUGAAAUCUCUCCCUCAGAGAAAACAUGUUUCAUGGAGACUGAGUGGUUCCUGAUACUGUAUUUCCCAGUAGAGAACUUUUGUUUCUCUAGGUAUAAUUUUAAAUUAUAUAUAAAGGUGUUACACUUCAAUGUGCCUGACUUUGUGUUCCACAAAAAAUGUCUUUCAUUGUUUUCCCCACACAGAAUAACUGACCUGUUGCAGUCAUGUGACUGAGAUGUACAUGCAGUGUAUGCUCUGAAUGUUGUUUGUAAUGGUUGAAGCAGCUUCAUGCGGCUGCAGCAGGCCUGUGAUUGUUUUAUUAAAGACUUGAGAAAUUAA